AUGGGUUAUGGGGGGUGUGAGAGCUGGGAAAUGGAAUACAGCAGAGAGGAGAUUUUCUUGCAGGAGGAGUGUGGAGAUAUAGAUGUUAGUGGGAAUCAUGUGAAGAGUGAGGGAGGGUCCAAAGUGGGGUUUGAUAUUCUAUUUGCUCUGUAUCAUCCAAAUUUGGAUGCCAAGUUAACUUCGUUUUAUGAUGCGGAUAAGACUUGGUUUAGAAAUUUACAUAUUCCCUCAAUUUUUAAAGCCCAAAUCAACGUAUAUGGGCCUGUUGCUCUUAAGGCCUUCUAUCUUCCAUGGGCAAUGCUUGCUUUGGAUGUCAUUUAUGGCUCGCCUCUUAUACCUGACCUCUUAGGUAUCAGGACAUAUGUACUAAUUCUUGAUAGUGUUGCAUCCAUUAGAAGGUGGAAAGAACAUUUUGAAGACUCCAAUGUGGGUACGUAA